UGGUGUGUGUGCUGCAUGCAAAACAACGAAAAUACAAACUGUGCCUUGCUAUGUUAGCCACCAAGGAGCUUCUCAACGUUAGCUAGCAAAUAAAACUGUUAUUUUUGAGAUUUGGAAAAUGACAGUUUGUGCAGGGAAUUGAGGAAAGCAUCCUUUUUGCAAAGCCCUCAGCUUUUGGAAAAUUUGGUUUCAGUCCGUCUUUGAUUUAAAACGAGGUAAGUUGUAAAAUGGCGGAUAGCUUAACGCUACCUUACCAUUCAUGGUAUUUGUCAUUGAUGCUGCUGUUUGGCAUAGCAAAUAAAACAGUUGACAUUAGUGUUAUCUAGAGUUUUUCCACGAAAGUACACGACUUACUUUGAAGUCACGAGUGAAACUAAAUCAAUAAGGAGACGUAACCUUCCAGCUGAUGUUCCCUUUAGCAGGUGCUGUUGCUAGAAAGCUAAUGUGGCUAAUGGCUAGGCUAGUUCUCUGUUGCUGCUUAUGUUUCAGAAAUCUAAAGUGAAAAUUAUCCUCACGUUCAUGGCUCAGUACGACAAACCUUCGAAAGCAAACGGGUAUAAAUAAAGCUAACAGAAAAAUGUCUCUGCUAGCAUCACUUAGAUUAGCUCUUAUUAGCCGGGGAGCUGCUUAGCCGUCGUAGCGCACACGGCUCGUCAGGAAGAGGGGAGUCUGGCCGAGGGUCUAACCCCCAACAAACAUCUGCAGCUGGGUUUGUAGUUCGGAAGUGUAUUACUGCACGUGUCAGAGCUGUUUUAAAGCAGAGUUGUUUACUCGAGGACCGCGUUCGAGUUUACUUUUUCAACUGAUUGACGAUUACAUGGGGUAAUAUUAACGUUACUGCGUUACUUGUCUGGGUAAGUAACGUAAACCGACGUUAGCUCUCAACCCCCAGUCCGCGUUUCCAUUUAUGGUCCUCGGAGUCCAAAGUCAGGCCCCGUGUCCGGUCACAAUAACAACAACCAUGUCGUGCAGUUUGGGGUUGCCUGUUACAAUGUGCUAGUGUUGUGUAAACACGCCCCCACAGGUUUCCCUACACUGACUGCAUCUGCUGUAACAUAAGGAAGGGUUUAAAGCGAUGGCAUCAGCAAUACACCUGUUAGUAUCCCCUCGUCGAAUAAAAUCAUUAUUUUAUAUUCAUCAAAUUCAUGUUCGUAUCAAUCAAACUAUGAUACAGAGUUUGUUUGCUCCGUAUGUGUACACAUAAGUGCAGAAUCCAAGCAAAACACGCCUGUUCAUCACUGUAAAUAACAAUAACACAUUUUUAAUAAGGAAGUGGUAUGAUUUUGUUCAUGCAUCAGCAGUGGUUGGGCAAGAUAACUCAUUGCUCAUGACUGCAGCUUUAUACAUUCCUAUAUUAGCCCUGAUCAGUCAGCAGGAACACACCUGUUGGAUUACUGAGGACCAGCUGUACAUAACAAAAGAGUACAGGUUGUGCUUAACUUUGGGUCAAGAGGUCAGUCAAGUAAAGCUGUGGCAAGAAUGAGGCAAUUUAAUUUACAUCAGUCAAAUUUAUGGCAAAAUGUGUUUUUGUUGUUACCAAUGCAUUACAUGGCACCAUGUGUGACUCAGCCUGUUUUAUUGGUGUUCACACUAGUAAUGUGAUUAUAGAGUUCAGAACACAGAAGAUAAAAACAGCAAAACUAAUUGUUCGUGAAAUUGGAUUUUUAAAGCCGCUAAAGAAUCACAAAACUCAGUGUUUUGAUUUUACUGCAUAAAGCAGGAAUGAGAUUUAUCAAGCAGUGGUGAAGUAAAAUUGCCUGUAAACAAGAAUGCACUAGAUGCACACCUAAUGCACUAGAGAAAUAACUAGAUUGCCUUUAAGGUAGGGCUACUUGAUCUUGGAAAAGCCACAAUCAUGAUUAUUGUGAUUGAUGUUGAUAUCACAAUUAUACAUUAUUAUAAUUUAUUAUUCUCCUCAAUGUAACUGAUAUCAUUUUUCAAGUUAUAUGUCAGCUACUACCCGUGAAAGGGACCAUGCAUCAAUUAUUCACUUUUGAGAGUUUUCACUUAAAUUAGGUGAGAAUAUUCAAUACAUUAAAUGCCAGAUUUCACUUGUCGUUUAGUAUUUUUUCUCUGUGCCAUGACAAAUUGAAGAAUUUGAGCUUAUCUGCCACUUACAUUUUAUCACAGGCUGCAGAUCAAACAUAUUUUAAAGUCUUCAUAUAACGUCCGUCGUAAUGACACUUGGGCCAGCAUUUUACUUUGAUUCCUGAUGAUGCCUCUCACCUUUUAGUCCGGGGUCAUUAGCGCUUGUUAGCACUCAUGCAGGCUCGUGAUUGCUACAGCCCCUCUCUGAUCAUGCUCCCCCUGUCCCCAGGCUUUUCAGACACAUAGCCUGCCUCAUCGUGCUCCUCUCCCUGCUCUCCUCUCUCCAUCUGUGGCUGUCUGAUCAUUUGUUGCACAAUGAGUCGAAAAUACAGCGGAUCUCCACCUUAGUGGUAGCCAUAACAUCCGGGAGCUCCUAACUUUUUUUCACAUUGAUCCCAACUACUGGAGAUGCGGUGAAAGUGGGAGCUGUUUGAGGGAAUCCUCGCGCUGUUGUCCAGGAGGAGAGUGAGGGUGCGCUUUAUGACGUCACAGGGCGACACAACAGGUCGCAUUGUAUUGUCCAGCGUCAAUUAUAUUUUCAUGAUUGUUAUCCCAACUGAAAUCCGAUUAAUCCCCUAGCUGUAGAAAAUUACAGUUUGAUAAAAUACAGGUUUGGGUUGUUUUCUAUUGAUGCAGUGACAAAAGAUUAUGGUUGCUGUUUUGGCCUGCCACUUAAAGAGGACUCGCAGACUGCAAAAAGCACAGUAAACAGCUGUGUGGAAUCGCAUGUGUGAUACAGAAUGGAAUCACUGACAUGAUCAUUGUUGCGAGGCUAGUGACAAUUCACAACCCUAAUAUAUACAUGGAGAGAGAGAGAAAGAUAUUGAGACAAAUUUAGAUAGAUAAACAAUCAGGGUUUAUCACCUAAAGUCUAACAUAUUAACUGUUGGAUGGAGUUGGAUGGAGGCCUGAGUACCAUGGCUGUUCAUUCACAGUGUUUAUGUACAGUAAGAUGAAGCUCAUUUAGGUUAACUGCUUUUUGGAUUCGUUUUGGAACAGGAAUGACAAGUGGCACACAGAAAGCCAUAGACACUGCAAGUUAUGGCUAAUAUGCAUUUUUUAACCUUUUUAAAUAUUUUACCCUUUCUACUGUUACCACAAAAUUGAAUUAUGAAACUGCACAUCAGGUUUUCUCUUGAUGUUAUGUAAGUCCAGUAUUUACAUAAAAACACAUAUUUUAAUAUUCUCUAAGAGAUAUGGCAAUACCAGUUUUUCCAAAUAUUGUGCAGCCCUAAAAGUUCCUAAUACAUCAUAAGAAAGUGUGGUUAUAUGAUUCAGUUUCUACUGGUUCCUUAGCAGGGCAGCCUGAGACUUUUGUACUGCCUCAGACAGAGAUCGGUGUUUGUGGGGUCUUUUUGUGUGAACAUCAACUAUGGCACUACAUCAAUGUAAAGAUGACACGAUUUCAUUAUCAUCCAGUCCAGCUGUGGUGUUAGAACAUGAUCUUUUCACCCUUCGGUCUGAGCACUAUGAUGUAGCUGCUGUAUAGUAUAUGAUUUAUAGUUAUACUUCAGAUGGUGUCAGGGGUUCAUUUAUCUAUAAGCUUAUCUAUUUUCUAUUAUUUUUCAGGUCUGGCAGAGAAAAACCUUGUUUGGGGUCCAGAGGAGUAGAAGCACCACCUCCAGCACAUCCAGAAAAUGUUAAAGAAAUGAUAGCAGCGCAGGAUUUGCACACAGAGUUUCAAUUUCCUCAGUAAGCAAUGCAAGACAAAAAUGUUUGAAUCGUAUUUUUUGCAUUUGUCAGUGAACAGUAAUUUUAGCCUAAGGACCAUAUUCUGGAUUGUACUUAGUGAAGUCUGUUUGAUGUUUGUACUGACUGUCUGCUCAAUGAACAGGGAGGCAGAAUCGCAGUUGUCCUCAGACACCGACCUUGAGGAUCCUGAUGGCAAAAAUGCAAAGAUCGGAAAGGGCGUGGUAUGUUUUUCAAAACUUGUACCUUGUGUUCACCCUAUCAGGCGUAUGUGUGUUUAUUUGUUAAUUUAUUUGAUCAGGACAAUGCAUAUUGAUUAAUAUACCAGCAAAAAGCAUCAAAGUAAAUAUGUUGGCACAGUUGCUAAAUUGCUAAAAAGACAGCUAUCGUAUAAAAAAACAACAUAUAGACAAUACAACAUGACAAUUGGAAAAAACAUGUAGAAAUCUUACUUAAGAAAUCAACCCACCUAAAGGAUAAAAGUCCAUGCACAAAACAGCGGUGCACUGGGAAACAGCCGAGGGUAAUUAUUGUAUCCCACCAGUGUAAACAGUAUGAUAUUAUCCAGCAGCUAUCAUUGCCACAUCACUGUCUUCAUCACAUCUGUGGUGUGAUUAAGUCUUCGAAGGGAUUUUUUUUCUUUUUUCUUUUUUUUUGAAUGAGCUUUAACUUUAUUCAAACUCCUGGGGUGGGUAAUUGUAGGGAUUUUGUAAUGUUAUACUGAUUUGUCCCAGAUUUUUGGUUAUUUUAAUGUGAGGUGUAUGUAUUUAGUAGGAUAAUGAUAACUCAAUAGUUACUGUAGGACAACUGCAACAGUUCAUUACUCCCAAGUUAACACUUGGAGGUCGAGUGAGUUUUAUUUUAAAGUGAAAGUGUCAAGAUUACAGUUACAUUUCCUUCAUAAUUUCUACCCGCUUUGGUAUUAUGUAGCGCUAUCAAAAAAAACAUGACAGCUAAAGUCAGGUGUAUGCUGGUGUUUGCUGUGGCCUCACAUUAGAAGUGACAUUACGGUACCAUACACUUGAUUGGACUCAGAUGCUUCAUAAACUUAGCUGCCAUUAUAACAGUAUUGAUAAGUAAAAUAAUAAUAAAAACAGUUUAUGAUCAAUUGGAAAGUGGCAAAUAAACACAAGAUUCCCCUCGUGUGUAGUGCUUGAAUUCCUUAAACACAGCAUAUUGACACUUAAAUGCACAGUCUUGGGGUUAUGGUAAUUUGUGUCUUUAUUUAAUACAAUAAUAUUAUGUAAAUUUGGAGCAAAAACAAAACAUUUUCUUAUUCCAUGAGACUUCUUCAUCCCCAACAGGCAUCAAGGAGAGGGAAGAAGGCGCCUGGAGACAAGACCAAAGGUGGGGCUACAGGGAGGACCCCUGGUCCCAGCUGGGUGAACGGCCAUCAUCAGGAAAAUGGGACAGAGAGUAUGACUCUGUUUGAGGUGGUUAAAAUGGGGAAGAGUGCCACACAGGUAGGGAAAAGAUCUUUGCUGUGUUUUAAAAUUCCUCUAGUCCCUCAAUUAAUUCAAUGUUUUUAUAGACCUUUUAAAUUGUGUUGUAGCUGUGAGGGGGCUUGAUUAAGUAGAUGUCCAUUAGUUUAGAUGUUUAUUAUUCCGGUGUGGUAUGAGUGGCCAUGCUUUAUUUUACAGUCUGUCGUUGAUGACUGGAUUGAGGCUUACAAAAAUGACAGGGAUGUUGCUCUCUUGGAUUUAAUCAACUUCUUCAUCCAGUGCUCUGGCUGUAAAGGUAAAUACUUGAGGUGAUUAUGUGUCUGAAUAUGCAGUAAGAUGCCGAAUAGCAAUUACAAAUUACUACUGCCAUGAUGUGAUUUCACACGCAGGUGCUGUGAGUGGAGAGAUGUUCAGGAAUAUGCAAAACUCUGAAAUCAUCCGGAAAAUGACAGAGGAGUUUGAUGAGGUGCUACAACAGUCUGCAUUAUUUUAAUUGACUUACCUUGAAGUGAAACACAAUCCAACUGUGAAUCCAUGUGAGAUCUUUUUAGACUUGAAGAAAUAAAGACAAAUAGACAUAUGGUUAAGAAAUGUGAUCUCUCUCUUUUCCUGUUAACCUAACAGGACAGUGGCGACUAUCCCUUAACUCUAUCAGGGCCACAGUGGAAGAAAUUCAGGACAAGCUUCUGUGACUUUAUUGCUGUUCUGGUGCGUCAGUGUCAGUACAGUAUCAUCUAUGAUGAGUACAUGAUGGACACGGUCAUCUCCCUGCUUACUGGUCUGUCUGACUCCCAGGUCAGAGCGUUCAGACACACAAGCACACUAGCAGGUCAGUCAUAAUGUGCAUGUCUGAUUUUGGAUUUCUCCUCCCCGACUGUCAAAAUACUUCUGCUGUAACUCCUCCUUCGAUGUUUCUGAAUUUUUUUUGUUUUUUUUUCAGCCAUGAAGUUGAUGACAGCCUUGGUAAACGUCGCUCUGAACCUUAGCAUCAACAUGGACAACACGCAGAGACAGUACGAGGCAGAGAGAAACAAGGUUGUCGCAAAAAGAGCCAAUGACAGGUUGGAGCUCCUGUUACAGAAGCGCAAAGAGGUAAUAAGUAGUAUAAAUAAUAAGUUUUCUUUCUCUGGUUAUCACAUUUUUGACUGUUAUCCCCAGUAUUUUGCUCAUGAUAUCGAGCUGGUCUGUAUGGAGCAAGUCAUUCUUGCAGGGUACAACUAAAAUAUGAGUGGUACACACACAAACCUGUUUUACAAGCUUUAAAUCUGAUAUCGUUAAGCCUUAAUCUAAAUUUAUCUGAAGUUUAGAUAAGACAAAUUUAAUGGUAUUAUUACAUUCCCUCUUAUAAUUGUCGUCACAAUCGUAACCUUUUGAUUACUAAACUUUUACAGAGAUCUUGAGAUUUUGUGAAAUACAGUUGGGACUUUGUGAUUGAGGUUGGGAAACUGUCUCACUCUGAUGCAGAACCACCCUGAAUUAUUAUGUCUGUGACAGUGACUGCUGCCCAUCAAGUCCCCCAUCUCACUUAAAGUUGCAUUAAUAUCAAGCCUCUAAUUCUGUACACUGGAUUUUUGUCUGUUUAUGUUGUACAGAAAAAAAGCAUCACCCUGUUACUUUGCUUAAAUGAUAUCAAACAGAGCACUUGCUGCAAAGCCUCUUUUAAUGGUUAUUUUGUAGGAGUUAAUGUGUAUGCAGUAUAUAUUAAUCAAACUCUUUCUCUGUUUUCCAGCUUCAAGAAAAUCAAGAUGAAAUUGAAAACAUGAUGAACGCAAUUUUCAAAGGAGUAUUUGUCCACAGAUACCGGUAUGUGAACCUUUAACAUGAUCCUUUUGUCAUACUGUUUGCAGUGCCUACUGCUGUAAUUCAGCAAGAGUCCUCUACUGUCAUAUGAGCCCGAUCACAACAAGCCAGCACCAUUCAGUGUUUUAUUUAUGACUUGUCGGCGCCCUCUAGUGUCAAAUGGAUGCUAACACAUAGUUUUAGCUUGAGAGUGAUCUGUUUAAGUGUGUUUUCUAAAUCAGUUCCUGUAUUUGCAAAGGGAUGCCAUCGCUGAAAUCCGAGCUAUAUGUAUUGAGGAGAUUGGCAUGUGGAUGAAGUUGUACAGUGAUGCCUUCCUUAAUGACAGUUACCUGAAGUAUGUUGGCUGGACCAUGCAUGACAAGGUGAGCUAACUGAGAGUAUCUAUGUUGUAGCUCUCUGAGGUAGUGAGUGAAUAUUCAAAUGUGCUGUUCAUAUUUUAUCAUUUUUGUUUUUUGCAUUAAAUCAAAGUUUAAUCAGUGAAACACCCAAUUCUUAGCUUUCAACCUUUUUACAAACUUUGUGUAUUUCUACUAUGACUGCAGCAAGGUGAGGUGCGGCUGAAGUGUCUGACUGCUUUACAAGGUUUAUUCUACAACAGAGAGCUCGGAAUACGGCUGGAGCUCUUCACAAGUCGCUUCAAGGUGAGCAAGUAGCUGCAGCAUUUCAAGAUUAGUCAGAAAACUUCUUCAUUACCUCUGAAAUUGACUAUUUUUCUACCUUCUUUUUUGGCUAAAACAGAUCAUUUUGAUCUAACUGAAGGACAGGGUUACAAAUGUGAGAUCAUCUUGAUUUAAUCUUGUAUCUAAACAUAAACUCCUCUCAUUGACAGGACCGCAUUGUGUCUAUGACCCUGGACAAGGAAUAUGAUGUUGCUGUGCAAGCCAUUAAACUUCUGACACUGAUCUUACAGUGAGUAACAUCCCCUGCUCUUGAGUCAUCGCCAUUAAAAUCAAGAGACACUAUUCUCAGAAUAGUCAACAUGCUAAACAUCAUCUUUUUCAAAAGUUGAAGAAACAUUUGUACUUUAAAGUAAGCUUAAAAAGGCUAAUCAAAAAUCCAUUACACUUGAGCUACAUUAAGCUGAUCCACCAGAAUUGCUGCAUUUCACCCAACAGGAGUAGUGACGAGGUUCUGACUGCAGAAGACUGUGAGAGUGUGUAUCAUCUGGUUUACUCAGCACAUCGACCCAUAGCUGUUUCAGCAGGAGAAUUUCUGUUCAAGAAGUAAGUGUUUUAUUCUUGUCCUGUGUUACCAACAGAUUUAUUCUAAAUCACUGUGAGGCCAGUAAUAUUCAGCUCAAUUUCAUGCCAGUUUAUCUGAGAUAUAAUGAGCGUGAUUAAAAAACAAGGGCGCCAAAGAUUAACAUCAACAAAAUAUUAAAGUAGGCAAAUAUUUUCAAUAGGAAUUAUGUCGAUCCAUGUACAGUUAUCACUCAGGAUUACACUCAACAACUUUAUUCAGAUAAUGGCUGUUUCAGUUUGGCUACCCACCCAAAAACUUCACAAAACAAAGCGGCAAACAUAAUCAACAACAGUGUUAAGAAAUGACAACAGAUCUGUUGUUGGGAGUUAUUUCAUAAAAAGAAUUUCCACAACUCCAAAAUAAAAGACAACUCAAGACAACUUUAUAGGGUUAUAGGAUUGAGCCUGCAGAUGAAUGACUCCUGUCAGCAUUAAGCAGUCUAACAGGAUCAUGAACCAAAGAGUUUAAGUAUCCUUAUGUCAGCAUGGUGACAUUUAAGAGAACUCAGAUGACACAGUGUAGUGUGCUUUUUUUAUGACGGCUUUAGCUUUCUGGACCAUCUGCUUCUUUCCAAAAUGAACUCAGGUGUUUUAGAUGGACUCCAACUCAUCAGCUAGACUCAAAGUCUUAUCCAUCCAUCAAUAAAUAAAUUCAUCAAACUUGCAGCUUUACUGUCGUGACAUACACAUUACUGACAGUUUUCCUUUAUUGCUGACUGAAGGCUCUUCAGCCAUCAAGGACCUGCUGAGGAAGGACUGCCCAGGAGGGGAAGACAAAGCCUUAAUGGCAGCCUCAUCAAGACCACUGUCUUCUUUUUCUUGGAGAGUGAGGUAACUAUUUCUGAGUCUCAGAUCUGGAUUUUUGCCAUAAACCUUGGAAACAAAAAUAUCCAUCUUCAGAAGUGUUUUUGGUGUGAGAGUCUACUUUAAGUCAUCUGAAUUUGCUUUGAGUUCUCCACGCCAAGUGUAAGACCAUGCAGGAAAUCUUAACAAGGUUUUUGAUACAAUUUGACGAUUUGAUGUUUGACAGCUCCAUGAACAUGGGGCCUACCUGGUGGACAGCUUGUGGGAAUGUGGGUCAGAGCUGCUGAAGGACUGGGAGACAAUGAUCAGCCUACUGCUUGAUGAGCCCAUGCAAGGAGAGGAGGGUGAGAGUCUACUUUCGCACGAAUACUUGGUUAACUUAAUGCCUUUUUCAUCUUCUUUAAUUAAAAAAUGUUUUUUUUUGUCCCAGUCAGCCGGCAAAGUGUCUUCAUCUCACAGUGUCUGUGUUUUCAGCUUUGACUGAUCGGCAGGAGACGGCUCUGGUGGAGAUCAUGCUGUGUGCUGUUCGACAGGCUUGCGAAUGUCACCCUCCAGUGGGCAGAGGAUCAGGGAAAAGGGUGAGUCUGGGGUCAUCAUGCUAUUAACACAGAGGGUUAACUUGUCUCUGGAUAUUUUCUGUGUGUUGACAUAUUUUUAUGCAUGGAAAAGGUUCUGACUGCAAAGGAGAAGAAAACUCAGCUGGAUGAUCGUACACGGAUCACAGAGAUGUUUGCAGUCGCAUUACCUCUACUAUUGGCAAAGGUGAUCACUGACCUUGUGUCCUGUGCUACAUUUGGACAGCAGUUUUAUUUCCAAACACAAAACAUAACAUCCCUCUGUCCUCUUGUCCUAGUACUGUGUUGAUAUCGAUAAGGUGACCAAUUUGCUACAAAUACCCAAGUACUUUGACCUUGACAUCUACACAACCGGACGCUUAGAGAAGGUUUGUCAUUCCUCUUAUUUCUGUAGGAUAUGAUGCUAGUCACAAAGGAUAGUUAAAACUAUGUCAUGUGUUUUCACUUUUUUUUUUUACAGCAUUUGGAUGCCUUGCUGCGACAAAUCUGGGAGGUCCAGGAUAAGCACACUGACACUGAGGUCCUGGAGGCCUGCUCCACCACCUAUCACUAUCUGUGCAAUGAGGAGUUCACCAUCUACAACCGAGUUGACAUCACCCGCUCCCAGCUUCUCGAUGAGCUUGUAGACAAGUUCAACAGGCUCCUUGAGGACUUCUUGCAAGAGGUGGAGUGUUUUUUUCUUCUUCUUUAUGGAUUCUGCAGAAAGACGGUUGAAUGUUUCACGGGUGUGACCUCCUGUUUCUCCAGGGUGAAGAACCAGAUGAGGAUGAUGCAUACCAGGUUCUGUCUACACUCAAGAAGAUCAGCGCUUUCCACAAGUAACUCAGUUUACACAUUUGUGAAAUGUAAUCAUUGACUUGAGUUGUUUUGUGUUAUUUAUUUGUUUGUGGUUUUUGUGCUUUCAGUGCACAUGAUCUCUCCAAGUGGGAUCUCUUCACCAGCAACUACCGGCUACUCAACACAGGGCUGCAGAAUGGAGAUAUGCCUGAACAGGUAUUGCUGCACUAACUUCUCUUAGUCUUAAAAUAUUUAGACAUGUCUUUAAGGUUUAUAGCAAUGUGACUGACUCUCUGUUGCAUGCUGAUUUAAAAAAUAAUAAUAAUGCAAACAAAGCACUUGGUUUAUGUAAUGAAGAUGUGAACAAGUUACUGGCCUUCUUAUUAUAUUUGUAAAUCUUAAAACAGCUCGGGGAAAGAAAUGGGAGAUCAUUCCUGACUGAAACUAAAACCAAAACAAUGAUGAAGAAGCAUCUAAAGGGACUAAAUUAGUCUUCUCCAGAAAUUAGUCAAAUUUUGAAGCUGAAACUUAUUCAUGCUGUGAGCAAUUGAUGCCAUCAUUGAAGCAUCUGACAGGCAGCCAAAGGGGAGAAAUAUAAACACUGACCUGCAGCAUGAGUAGAGGUUUGUAGAUUUUCAACAAUUAGAUUAAGGGCAUUGUGGAUGAGUGCAGCAACCUGUUUUUUUUUCUGGGUAUUCUGGGGAAAACAAGUAUAAGCAUCGACUUCUAAAAGUGUUACUUCACCUAACACGUCUGCUUCCUUUCCUACAGAUUGUGAUUCACGCGAUGCAGUGCACACAUUACAUCAUCCUGUGGCACCUGGCAAAGGUUUCAGACAGCAGUUCGUUAAAGGUAUUUAGAUAUUUAUCAUAACGUCGUGUCCUUGGGAUACAAAAUAAGUAAACUGAACAGUUCUGUGCCUCAGAUGAAGUAUACCACGUGAAGUUAAAUGACUAAGUGACCAUUUGUUUCUUUCAGGGUGAUAUGGCGACCUUAAGAAAGCAAAUGAGAGCCUUCUGCUUAAUGUGUCAGCGUUACCUGAACAGCAUCAACACUGCAGUCAAAGAACAGGUGAGGGACUUAACUUUCAUUCCUGACUCUGCUGCGUUCUUCACUUUACAAAGCUGUAACGAAUGCCUCAACUGUGUGUGUGUGUGUGUGUGUGUGUGUGUGUGUGUGUGUGUGUGUGUAUUCCAGGCCUUCACCAUACUGUGUGAUCUGCUCCUGAUCUUCAGCCAUCAAAUUAUGGCUUCAGGCCGGGAACAGCUGGAGCCUCUGGUCUAUACACCAGACGCUUCUUUACAGGCCGAGCUGCUGAACUUCAUUCUGGAUCAAGUGUUCAUCGAUCAGGAUGAUGACAACAAUAGCACAGGUCACACAUCACAUGAACAGAACAUAAUGUUUUUUUUUACAGUAAAGAAUCAGGGCAUGCUUAUGUUUUUUUAAAUAAAUAUAUUCACCUCUUUCCCAGCCCCCAUGAUGCUCUGCAUAAAUUAUGGGUGUGUCCGCUGGUGCCUUUUAGAACUUCACGCAGAGCCGACUUUUUCCAUUUCAACUCUACACUAAUCGUGAUUAUUAGAGUGAUAGUGGAUAAAAACAAUUAGGAAACAUAAUCAGUCACCCCUUAAAUGGGACAGUGUUAUCAUUCCACUGCCCUCCUCUGUCAAGGAGAGGGAGGAUGAUAUAAAGAAACGGCCUCAAAUAAUGAACACUAGCAAAUUUAGCUACUUUGUUAGCUUCACUGCUGCAGAUGGGGAGGCUGAGGCUUAUCAGUCAGUCACGUUUUGUUGAAAGAGGUUGGACACCAGAACUACGCAAAGACAUUUCCAAAUAUGAAACACUCAUUAGACAUUAAAAACAAGGCAGAGUGAAGUAUUUUAGAUUUGAAACAGCUGCUGUUAAUGUUCAGUCACUAAGAUUAGCCACGACAACAAACCAGCUUAAUUCUAUUCCUGUUAUAUCACCAGAAGUUUCACCCAUAAUCGUAAACACAGUAGCGCCCACAGGAAUAAGGUGGAUAAUGUUUGUUUUUUCAGAUGGACAGCCAGAUGAUGAAGCCAGUAAAAUCGAGGCUCUGCAUAAGAGAAGAAACCUCCUUGCUGCUUAUUGUAAAUUAAUCAUUUACAAUGUGGUGGAAAUGAACACGGGAGCAGACAUCUUCAAACAGUACAUGCGUGUAAGUUUUAACUCUUCUUGGAAAUCAGUUAUGUAGAGCUCCUCUUAUCAUGCUCUUCUGUUUAAGAGUAACGCCCCCUUUCUUUUUCCUCAGUAUUACAAUGACUAUGGAGACAUCAUCAAGGAAACGAUGAGUAAAACAAGACAAAUCGACAAAAUACAAUGUGCAAAAACACUCAUCCUGAGCCUGCAAAUGGUAAGAUCCUUUACUUAUUUGGUAAAGCCUUGAUAUAAUCAGAUCUUUCAAAUGACCUCUUGGCCAGUGAAAUCCUUUUUAUCUAAAUGUGUCAUACUUUUUUUCAUUAUAGUUAUUCAAUGAGAUGCUGUCUGAACAUGGCAUUAAUGUGGACCGCUCAUUAUCGGCCUUCUGUGGCAUUAAAGAGCUUGCGCGGCGCUUCUCGUUGACUUUUGGCUUGGAUCAGCUGAAGACCAGGGAAGCUAUUGCCAUGUUGCACAAGUAAGUAACUGUCCAGAGCAGCUAAAGGCCUAAUGCAUGCAACUCAAUUCUUGUUAUGUAUGUUAUGUAUUCUUUUUUUCUGAAUUUGUGUAGAGAUGGAAUAGAGUUCGCUUUUAAGGAUCCAAGUCCUCAGGGGGAGGGAAGCCCUCCUCUCAAUCUAGCUUUCCUCGAUGUCCUGAGUGAAUUUUCCAGUAAACUUAUGCGACAGGACAAGAAAACAGUGUAAGUUUGAGCCAUAAAAAUACUGUGUGCUGUUUUUUUUUUGUUUUGGUAAACAUGGUGCCCAGACAAGAAGCUUUAGAAAUGUUCUAACUGUCACUUUUGUCAUUUGAACACCUUUGCAGUCACUUAUAUCUGGAGCGGUUCAUGACGUUUCAAAUGGCCCUGCAGCGAGAGGACUGCUGGUUACCUCUCAUCUCAUAUAGGAACUCCUUGCAGGCUGGAACAGAUGAUGACACCAUGUCUGUGGUUAGUGGGAUCAGCAGUAGAGGCUCUAGUGUCCGGAGUAAGAAGUCCAAACCAGCUGCUGCAAGUAAAAGGAAACUACCUGAAGGUGAGCAACCAUAAAGAUCUGUUUUCAUAGUUUGUACAUUUUCUUAGCUUCUGACAGUUCUCCAAACGUACAAACACUAAACUGAAAAUGCAUGGGGUAUUUUCUUUUCUUUUAGAGAGUUAUACUGUCUGUUGUUGCCGUCGCUCUCCUCGGCACUAUUGUCUGCAAACACACUAAACUCUAUUAAAGGAUCUUUUUUUUUGUCUGUGUUGCAGAAGAAAACAGCUGCAGCAGCAGUGAUGCCGUUUGGAUGAAUCGUGAGCAGAACAUGCAGACGCCGGUGAUGAUGCACUCGCCCCACCUCACCUCCACUGUGCUUAGGGAUCCAAAGAAGAUGAGAUCAGAGGACAGUUACACAGCCGCUUACAGCAUAGCAGCAGAGCAGCAUCCCCAUCAGCCUUUGCAUCCUCAGCAGCAGCAGCAGCAGCAGCAGCAGACACAUCAUCAACACCAGGCUGUUGAUUACAAGUAUAACCCCUUUUGACUUUCCUUUCAGUCUUAUUUUGAUUUGUUUUUCCACUUAGAGUUGUAUGAAUGCUACCGUUUGCAUCAUCUGGUACUAUUUUGUCAAAACAGGAUCAUGAUAAAAUGAUAUUUAUUACUGAGCACUGUCUCUCAGUACCCAGGUUACUUGGAUGUUGACACAAAGGCAACAAGCUGAGGCCCGGCAGCAGCAGGAACGGGUUAGCAUGCACUAUGCCAAGAUGAGGAAUCACAUGCAGCAAGCCAUGUAAGAUAAACCACCCUCAGAGAAGACUGAAUAUGUAUUUGGUAGUGGAAAGUAGACAUUAAAAUAACCUUUUUUUCUGCUUACCUGUAUCUCUGUGGUACUCUCAGUCGUCGAGGCACUGGACUCAUGGAGGAUGACGAGGAGCCAAUAGUGGAGGAUGUGAUGAUGUCAUCAGAGGAUCGUCUGGAGGACAUCAAUGAGGGCAUGGAUUUUGACACCAUGGAUAUUGAUCUGGUAACUUAAAGCUGAAGAAACAGUUUUUUUGCCAUUUGAACUUGAAUUUUAGUGACAGUAAUUCUGAUUCCAUACACUUAAAGACAUCUUAACAUCUUGUGGUGGUUCAUUAACAAAUAUUUAACCAAUGUCACCAGCUUCUCCAGUUACUCUCCUAGUUAUUUUCUACCCCUAAUAUAACAAAUAUUUCCCUGUGGUUCCAAUCACACUUAGAGGAUAAACAUAAAUUUGAGCAUUUUAUCACCACAGCUUGUGCAGUUUUUUCCUCCAUUUGAUUUUUCAUACUCAGAACUUUAAAUGGCCAUGUUGUCUCUGUGUUCGUUGCAUUUGUGUCAUAGUGUUCUGACUAAACUUUUACUUUUCAGCCGGCAUCAAAGAAUCGCAGAGAGAGAACUGAACUGAAGCCGGACUACUUUGAUCCAUCUUCCAUCAUGGAUGAUUCAGUGAGGAUUUCUAUUCAUUUUUUUGUCUCUGCAGUGUUUUUGUCACGAUAAGAUUUUUGGUUUCUUAAUCACUUUUUUGUGUCCUCAGGUUCUCAACGUUUCAAUGUUCUAAAACAAAAUGGAUGGAUCAAAGAGAAAGUAUAAUGAAACCCUUGGAGGGUGACAAUGGAUGACUAUUCUCAGUGAAAAUCAGGAUGGAGUGCUACUAAGGGUUUUUGAGACACCACCGUUUGCCUCUUUGAUACUCUAAAACUUUGGGGGAAAGAGCCUGAAUCUAAUUUUUUUCUGACGUUUGCGCAAACUGGACUUUAAUCACACUGCAGUAGAAAUGUAAUGUAUGUAAAACAACGUAAUGUGAGCUUUUUGCUGAGGUGAAACACAUUAUGUGACAGGUGUGUGGUGAGCGGACAAUAAUAGACUGAAUUUAAAAUGAAUAAUAUAUACCUUUAAACUUUUUCAUUCAGCAGACAAAGAUUGUCUGAUGUAAAUACAUAUUGGCCAAUAUACAGGAGAAGUGAACACAACUUCACAAACACUGGUGGAAAGAAAUGUAACAGCCCUGCUAAAUACCUUCCUGAUGCUUCAAGGGUUCAGCCAUUGAACAUUAUCAUGACACUGCGCUCUGUCAUAGAGGUAUGACUCCAGCUCUGUGGCAAUUUGACAGCCAUAUUCUCAGAAGUUAUUCCAUCAAUGCCUCUCUAACGCAAUGGUAAUUCACAGUGAACAUCAGAGACCUCCUAAAAGGCAUUUAUCAAAGGCUUAAAAUGGACUGCGUUACAUUUUACAGGGGUCAGUGAUAUUGUGUUCACUUUACAUACUUUAAACUGUAGACCUUGGCAUGGCAUGUAGCCAUAUAUGAAAACAUGUACACAGUAAAUAUAAUGUGAACUGGCGUCUGAUACUGUUCAAAGGCCUUGCCACAAAUGAUAUACGACAUUCUCAGAUUUCUUUGUGAUGGUAUUUUUUAGAAAUGUAAUGUGUUCUGCUUUUAUACCUUAUAGAUAAUUUUGAUUUAUAGAUAUUUUGUAAUGACAAUCAAAUGUAAAUUAAUGGUUUAUAAUCAUGUUAUUUCACAGAGAUGCUGAAAUAAUCCUUUUUAAUGAAAAUUAAUAUGUUACAAUAGAUACAGCCAGCUGUUUGUAUUUCCUUUUCAUGCCUCUAUAGUGAUUGGAUGCAUAAGUAAUGAAUUGCUAUAAUGUAGGAAUUUGACAGACUGACGGCUGCAUCUAAAAAUAUUUUUUAAUAUUGGGAGCAUACACCGCAUCAUGAACUUUUAAAUCCACAUAUAACAUGUAAUCUCUCCUAUACCUUGAAUAUUUUUCUCCACUGUAUAGUAUCUAUUGGUACCUUAGAACACAAACAUGCCAUAUUUGGAGUCUUUUGAAGAAAGGGUUGGUACAGUGGUUGAAAAAGGUGUGUGCUUAUUUAUUCAAUGUUUGUAUUUUUAGGGUUGCAAGUGUGCAAAGUGAUUUCCAAAAAGCCAAUUUAUUUGAUGUACCACAGUUGGUUAAAUAAGAGUUACAGAAUUAUUCUAAAGGAAAACUUUACAGGAUUGGUUGGCGAACUAUCAAAGUACCAAAAUUGUAUAUUAUACAAUUACAAAUGUAUAAUACAUUGUGGAUCAGUACCCUUUUUAUAGUCGCAGGUUCUGUUGGCUUGACAUUUUAGGGAAAGAAAUGUAAUGCUACGACACAAAGUAAAUCCUCUAAUUUGCAACUACAAGUACAGAACAAUGUUUUGUUUGACUUUCAGCAAAUUGUUGAGAUAUUUCUUUUUCUCUGUGUAUUGUCCUGGUCAGCAGAUUCAAGUUAAAUGGAAAACCAUGUAUUUAUAUUGUAGUUAGAAAAAAGUCCCAAAUUUUCUUAGAAUCUCACUCUCAACUGGAGAAACGUACAAUAUGAUCUUUAAUAUUAAUCAUAUACAGCUCAAAACACAUUUUUUCAUGUUAGGCAAAUGUUAAAAAUCCAUUUUAGAAUUUCCUGUAAAUUUACAUGUAUUGUGUCAUCUGGGAUCCUUUCUGUUUUGCAUCAAACUGCUGAAAAUGUGCAUACAUCUGUAUGUUUACACAUAUUUAAAAGAUUUGUGUAUUAAAAUUUGUGUUUUAUUCCAUUUUCAAAGUGCCCAUUGCAUCCUUCAAGAUAAGUAUUCAUGUAAAGAGAUGCCUCAUAACAGAAUAAACACUGGUUAUUGUGAUUAUCUUAACA